AUGAUUGAAACCGCAAUGAAAUACAGGAAUCGUUACUUCAAAUCAUACAUUCAAUUACUUCGAAAGUUCUCGAGUGAAUUUGGUCUUAAUAAAGAAAAUUUGCUUGAAAACUAUGAAUCACUAAACAAGAGGCUACAAGAAGGAGUAUUUCCUGCCAUUAGGGAUGAUAACUCAAAAUUAUUUUGCUAUUAUAUAACAUCAGAAAAUUUUAAUGAAUAUCAAACAAUUGAGAGUCAAUUACAUCCAAGUAAUAAAAUGACAUUACUUGAAUUAUGCUGCUACAAUGGUUCUAUUGAUUGCUUUAAAUUAUUAUAUUCAAUUUUCGAGCCUGAAAUCACACAAGAUUGUCUUAAUUUUUCGUUUUUGGGAGGAAAUCCAGAAAUCAUUAGUGAAUGCUUGAAAAUGAGACACCCUGAUGAAUAUUGCAUGAGAAAUGCUAUUGCUUCUCAUAACAUUGAUUUUGUAACUUUUCUGAUGAAUGAAUACAAUAUAAAUAUCAAUUUAAUUACAUGUGCUGAAUUCAAUAAUCUUCAGGCAUUUAUUGUUUAUAUAUAUCAAACUUCCAGGUUCAAUAAUUGGCUUGUUGCACCAUCUCUACUCAAUAAAUGCUUUGUUGCAUCAUCUCUAUUCAAUAUCAAAUCUCUUUGUGAGCAUUUCUAUUUGAAAUGCAAUAUUAAUAUUAAUGAAAAACUUUACAAUAAUAAUGCACUUCUUUUGGCAGCACAAUAUAAUUGCAAUGAAUCAAUAGAAUUUCUAAUUAAUAUUGGGAUAAAUGUCAAUGAAAAAGAUAUACUUGGUUUCACAGCUAUGCAUUGGGCCGUUAUGAAGAGUAAUAAGGAAUUGAUUAAAAUUCUUAUUUCCCAUGGAUCGAAUAUCAAUGAAAAAGACAAAUUUGGCCGCACAGCUCUUCAUUGUGCAGCAUCUAAUAGCAAAGAAAUUGUAGAACUUCUUCUUUCUCAUGGAUCGAAUAUCAAUGAAAAAGACAAAUUUGGCCGCACAGCUCUUCAUUAUGCAGCAUCUAAUAACAAAGAAAUUGUAGAAUAUCUCAUUUCUCAUGGAUUGAAUAUCAAUGAAAAAGACAAAUCUGGGCGUGCAGCUCUUCAUUAUGCAGCAUCUAAUAACAAAGAAAUUGUAGAAUAUCUCCUUUCUUAUGGAGUAAAUAUCAAUGAAAAAGACAAAUCUGGGCGCACAGCUCUUCAUUAUGCCUCAUCAUCUAAACACAAAGAUCUCGUAGAAUAUCUCAUUUCUCAUGGAGCAAAUAUUAAUGAAAAAGACAAUUCCGGAUGCGCAGCUCUUCAUUGUGCAGCAUCUAAUAACAAAGAAAUUGUAGAAUAUCUCCUUUCUUAUGGAGUAAACAUCAAUGAAAAAGACAAAUCUGGGCGCACAGCUCUUCAUUGCGCAUCACAAACUAAUCAUAAAGAAAUCGUAGAAUUUCUUCUUUUGCAUGGAGCGAAUAUUGAAGAAAAAGACAAUUCCGGAAAUACAGCACUUCUUAGUGCAUCAUCAACAAAUCACAAAGAAAUUAUAGAAUUUUUCCUUUCUCAUGGGUCGAACAUUAACCAAAAAGACAAUUGUGGAAAUACUGCUCUUCAUUUGGCAUCAUCUUCCCAUAGCAAAAUUGUUGUAGAAUUUCUUAUAUCACAUGCUGUCAAUAUAAAUGAAAAAGACAAUUCUGGCCGCACAGCUCUUCAUUGUGCAUCAUCAACUAAUGACAUAGAAAUUGUAUUUCUCCUUCUUCGGCAUGGUGCGAAUAUUGAUGAAAAAGACAAUUACGGAAAUACAGCUCUUCAUUAUGCGACAUUAAAUAACUGUAAAGAAAUUGUAGAAAAUCUUAUUCAACGUGUAGUGAAUAUUAAUGAAAAAAACAAUACUGGGCGCACAGCUCUUCAUUGUGCAUCGUUAUCUAAUCACAAAGGAAUUGUAGAAUUGCUCCUUUCGUAUAAAGCGAAUAUCAAUGAAAAAGAUAAUUCCGGACGCACAGCUCUUCAUUGUGCCUCAUCAUCUAAUCACAAAGAAAUCGUAGAACUUCUUCUUUCUCAUGGAGCAAAUAUCAAUGAAAAAGAUAAUUCAGGAAAUACUGCACUCGAUUGCGCAUCAAUAAAUAAAUAUGAAAAAAUUAUAGAAAUUCUUAAGUCACAUAGUGCAAAUUAA